AUGCCACCAAAGAAGAAGGUCGAGCGCGCUGCGCAAGAGAACAUCCAGCUCGGUCCCCAGGUCCGCGAGGGCGAGCUCGUCUUCGGUGUUGCACGUAUCUUCGCGUCUUUCAACGACACCUUCGUCCAUGUUACUGAUCUGUCCGGUCGCGAAACCAUCUCCCGUGUCACCGGCGGUAUGAAGGUCAAGGCUGAUCGCGACGAGUCCUCCCCAUAUGCUGCUAUGUUGGCUGCCCAGGACGUUGCCGCACGUUGUAAGGAGUUGGGCAUUACUGCACUCCACGUAAAGAUCCGUGCUACUGGAGGUAACGGUACCAAGACCCCAGGCCCAGGAGCUCAAUCCGCUCUCCGUGCUCUCGCUCGUGCUGGCAUGAAAAUAGGUCGCAUCGAGGACGUGACCCCUACCCCUUCCGAUUCUACAAGAAGAAAGGGUGGUCGCCGUGGUCGCCGUCUCUGA